AUGGUGCUUGAUCCACCCUUCCCAGCUGCGGAUCGUUUUGACUUCAAGUGCUAUCUCGACAAUGCCAUGGCUGAAUUCGACCUGCUAGUGCAACCUGAACUCUAUGCAGUUCUCUCCGAGCUGUUUGAAGAUGGUUCCGAAGUGACCAGCCACUCCCAUCUAAGCAGAGUUGCAGUCGCUGAGGGGCAGCAGAAGGUCUUCUCCAUCAGCCUGUCCAGCAUGCAUAGCAGAGAGGUGUCCCAGUACACCUUGCGAGUGAAGCGUCGACUUGGCUUCUCCACAGAUCUUGAAAAUCUCGAUUUGACGACCGGCAGGAUACAAGAACGCUUCCAUGAGCAGACGGCGAUCACAGUGUAUCAUGCGUCUCAAAACUUCACGGAGGACUUUGCACAUGUUGAGUGCACCAAGCUGGAUAGUGGACAGAACAUAAGCUGCGAAAUAGACGCGGGAGAAACGUAUGGAGCUUCGGAUCCCUCCGAUGCAGACUUGCUGCUCUUCCCCGAGAGGUAUACACCCGCCUUGGAAAAAAGCUUCGGAAUGGCAGUCACAAGCACAGACCGGGUUGUUGGUUGCACGGCUCCGGUUGACUCCUGGCGACAAGUUACUAUCAACAUCAGCAUUGCGUCGGCUGACAGAACGCAAACGAAGCAUUUGAGACUCAUCGUUAAGCGAGACGGCUGCAAAGAUGGCACUUUUUUCCACAACGGAAGAUGUGCUCGGCAUUGUCCAACCUUCUUCUACCAGCAGGAGUUCAAUCGAAGAUGUGGAGCUUGUGGAAGCAACUGUGAGCUGUGCGAGCAUUAUGCAAAAUGUACACGAUGCCAGUUGGAUACACGCUGGCGCACUUACAAGCUUGCAGAAGGAGGGGAUUGUACUGCGGUGCCAAUACAUAUUAACAGGAUCUACUACUUUGCCACCUGGUACUUGGGCAUCAGCUGCACUGUCCUCAUGGCGUUGUACAUCACAAUCUGCGUCUUUCGUUGCCUGCUUUUCAGGAAUGACAAGGACAUCGACCACUUAACGGAGGAGGAGACGGUUCCCCUCACGAUGCGCGAAGUUAGCAGCACAUAG